AUGGCGGUUAAUGGACCAUCCGGAAUCGCUUUCGCACGGGUUUUAAAGGACGGUACUACCGGAAUUCUACACCUUUGGACAUCAGAUCUUACUCUCCUUCCUAUGGUUGGCAGAGUAAGUUUUGGCUCGACCUCUGGUACAACAGGACUUAUUAAAAGGGUUGGAUCAGGAUCAUCAAUCUCCGUUUGGGAGGAUCCAUGGAUUCCAGCUUCUAGCCCGAGGCCAGCCGUAGGACCUGGGAUAAAUUUCUUCCUCCACCUUCGGGUGAGUGAAUUGUUAGUCCCGGUACAGCAACGUGGAAUUUGCCACUAUUACAUCAAUUGUUUGAUAGCAUAG